ACCAUUUGCUGUUUCCUUCCACUAUGUUAACGUUUGGGCUAUAAAAACCACUUAAUCAAGCAGUCUUGACACGGUAAAAUUUAGUUGGAGCUUUCCAUAUUGAAAGAGUCUGAGAUUCAUUUGCAGAUUCAUAUGAGCAGCACUUUAGCUGUUUGUAAUACAUUAAUCAUGUCAAAAUGUUACUCGGCAAGGUUUAUGGUAGUGCUGUUUACAUGCAUUGUCUCACUUGAUUCUCUAGCAUGGGCAAACCUGCAUACCUACAAAUUUGUUCUUGAAGAGACAAAUAUUACUCGGCUAUGUGAGAAUUAUACCAUAGUCACAGUUAAUGGACAGCUUCCGGGUCCAACUCUGCAUGUCCGAAAUGGGGACACACUUAAUGUUACAGUUUAUAACAAAGCAAAGCACAACGCCACCAUCCACUGGCAUGGAGUGAGACAGAUUCGCACAGCAUGGGCUGAUGGACCUGGGUAUAUUACACAGUGCCCCAUCCAACCAGGGGGGAAAUUUACAUACACCUUCACCAUUAUUGAUCAGGAAGGAACGUUAUGGUGGCAUGCCCAUGUGUCAUGGCUACGUGCAACAGUUCAUGGAGCUAUGGUUAUCUAUCCAAAGAGGGAAAACCCCUAUCCGUUUACCCACCCACAUGCUGAGUUUCCUAUAGUGCUAGGGGAGUGGUGGAAGCGUGAUCCCAUCGAAGUCGAAGAGGAAGCAAAACUGAGUGGAGGUGCACCGAAUGUUUCAGACGCUUUCACCAUAAAUGGACAGCCAGGCGACCUCUAUAACUGCUCAAGCUCAGAAACAACAAAGUUCUCUGUACGGAAGGAAAAAACCUAUCUUCUUCGCAUCGUCAAUGCUGCAGUCAAUAAUCACCUCUUUUUCAGGAUCGCGUCACACAAUCUGACAGUGGUAGCCGUGGAUGCGUCCUACACAAAGCCAUACACAACAGACAUUCUGGUUUUAUCAUCUGGUCAGACUGCAGACGUUCUUCUCACAGCCAAUCAAGCGAAAGCCAAAUAUUAUAUGGCCGCCAAAUUAUACACUACUCAAGGAUUCUAUGAUAACACCACAACAACUGCCAUUCUAAGCUACAGGGGCUCUAAUUCAUCUGCCACUCCAAUCCUUCCAGACCUUCCAGAAUACAACGACACUGCAAUUGUGACCAACUUUAGCCGAGCCUUGCGAAGCUUGGCUUCACAUGAGUAUCCGGUGGACGUUCCCCAAACCAUAGACGACAGUAGCCUGAUAACCGUAGGACUCGGUUUAACUCCUUGUGAAACCAGCGGUAACUGUAGCGGCCCUAACAAUACCAGAGUGAGUGCCAGUAUGAACAAUAUAUCUUUUGUGCUACCAGAUAUCGCCGUUCUGCAAGCCUACUACUUAAACAUAUCAGAUGUUUAUACCACCGACUUUCCUUCCAAUCCACCCAUUGAGUAUAAUUAUAACGGCGAUGUAGACAGAACUCUGUGGGCUCCGAUUUCUGGAACAAGGGUGAAAGUGAUUGAAUAUAAUGCCACAGUUCAGAUUGUGUUCCAGGCAACGAACAUCUUCCAAGCAGACAACCAUCCAAUGCAUAUUCAUGGAUAUGACUUUUAUGUUGUAGGAGAAGGUUUUUCUAAUUAUGAUAAUGAAACAGAUCCGAGCUCUUUUAAUCUGGUCGAUCCGCCUCAACGAAAUACUGUAGGAGUUCCUGUCAAUGGAUGGACUGCUGUCAGAUUCAAAGCUAACAAUCCAGGUGUUUGGUUCGUGCAUUGUCACUUUGAUGAUCAUGUAACAUGGGGGCUGAGCAUGGUGUUUCUAGUGAUGAACGGCCCCACUGAGUCCGAGAGUUUGAAGGCUCCUCCUAAUAACCUCCCGGAAUGCUAGAGCAAAUUAUAGUAUCAGAAAUUUAAUUUUGGUGUUGUUCACCAUAACAUACUAUAGUGUGGAUUUUCUUUAGAGACGAUGUGUUAGGAAAUAAAGCAUUUGUUUGUCCAUCCUUACGAUUUAGUAAGUGAUGUUUGGUAUCAAAGAGAAGGAUAACGUUUGACCAA